AUGUUGACGGCCUCGCGGACCCACGAACGACCUGCUAGCCUCCAACUCGCCCAGAAUAUAGAUGAUCUCAUACCCUCGAACCCAUCCUCGCGGCUCCUCCUCCUCCAAAGCGACCUCAUCGACAUCCAACCUCCCACCCCCAAAGCAACAGGCAACCUCCUCCGCUCGAGUCCCGACAUCGAGCUACGAAAUAUUCGGGCAUUGCGCGAUGAUGAGAAGAUCGAGUCGCCGGUGACGGCCGCCGUGAGCGAUGGGCUACUGGACAGCGACCACAAUGACAGCAAAGCGCAACCCGCGCCGCCACGCUUCCAGCCCGACACCGCUCUUUCGCCGCAUCCGCUGUUCCCACCGCUGCCGACGUACAGCCCGCCGUCCCUUGCGCUGGCGCUGCGCUGUCUGGCCGUCCGGUGUGUCUCAUAUGUGCUGUCGGUGUUGUUUCUCGGCGUGAUCUUCGGCGGGGCGAUCGCUGGCCUGGCUGGCAUGCAGCUGACGAACCUGUGGCUGCGACUGAGUGGUCAGGACCCGGCUGCGCGGCGGAAAUUCCACACCGAGGAGCGCGAGCGCCAGCGGGACCGCGACGAGCAGGCGCGGCGGUGGAAGCGGCGGCAGGCGAAGCGGGACGCGGACGAGGAAGGCCGCGAUGAGUAUUCGCCGCUGGAGGGGGGCAGGGAUCUGCUGGUGUGCGAUGUGGCGUACUAUGCGCGGCGGGUCGGGCUGGAUGUGGAGACGUUCCGCGUGCAGACGGAGGAUGGGUUUGUGAUUACGCUGUGGCAUGUGUAUAACCCGCAGGAAUACACGCCUCUGUCAGCGGAGGAGAGGGGCCCGCGUGGACCGCACGUGUUCACUGGGAAGAGAGGUCUGGGGCCGGCGUCGGAGCGGGACCGGAGAUAUCCUGUGCUGCUGGUUCAUGGGCUGUUACAGAGCGCCGGGGCGUUCUGCACCAACGACGAUGACAGCCUGGCGUUCUAUUUGUGCAAGUCCGGGUACGAUGUCUGGCUGGGGAACAACCGCUGCGGUAUGACGCCGGAGCAUACGACGCUGGCGACGUCAGAUCCGCGCAUGUGGUCGUGGAAUAUCCGGCACCUGGGCGUGCUGGACCUGACCGCGCUCAUCUCGCGCGUGCUGUACGAGACCGGAUUCGAGAAGCUGGGGCUUGUGUGCCACUCGCAGGGCACCGCACAGACCUUCGUGGCGCUGAGCAAGGACCAGCGGCCGGAGCUGGGUGAGCGGAUUUCUGUCUUUUGUGCGCUGGCGCCCGCCGUGUAUGCCGGUCCUCUGCUCGAGCGCGUCUACUUCCGCUUCAUGCGCGGCCUGUCACCGUCUGGGUUCCGCGUCUUCUUCGGCAUUCACGCCUUCAUCCCCAUCAUGAUGACAAUGCACGGCCUCCUGCACCCACGCAUCUACGGCGUCUUGGGGUACCAUGUCUUUGCGCACCUGUUCGGCUGGAGCGACACGCGCUGGGACCGCGGGCUGCGCGACCGCAUGUUCCAGUUCGCCCCGGUGUACGUCAGCAGCGAGACGAUGCGAUGGUGGCUGGGACAGGGGUGUUUUGCGACGCAGCGGUGCAUCCUCGCCACGCUCGAGGACACGCUGGCCGAGAUGGAGGAGGAUGAGGCGGGCCUCUCCGCCGCCGAGCGCGACCGCGAGGGUGCCAUCCGUGCGAAUGCCGCCUGGUACGGGCCCCAGACACCCCCGUUCGCGCUGUGGGUUGCAGGGUCGGAUGCGCUGGUGGACGGACGGCGGCUCCUCAGGCGGUUGCAGAGCGGGCGUGAACCGCAUGUGCGAGUGGUGCAUUCCAAGGUAGUAGACGGGUACGAGCAUCUAGAUGUACUAUGGGCGAUGGACAUGGUGGACCAGGUGGGUCGGGAGGUGAGACAGAUGGUCUGGAUGACGAUGCCGGAGGAGGCGAGAAGGGUAUGUCGCAUGCCUCGGGGAUGCAGUACUUCCUGA